AUGAAAGUCAUCGAGAUUGACCAGAUACGGAAGCAGCAAAAAAAUACAAGCGAUGGCGAUGGGGGUACAGAAGUACCGCAAUCAAAUACUGAAACUGCAGAUGAGGUAUACAAAACGCAACCGCCUUUGAAAUAUUAAACGCUUAUUACGGAAAAAAAGACCUUAUUAUCAUGUUCACAUUUGCUAACUUAUUUUUCUUUCUGACCUUAACAGGAUAUUUUAGUUUUGGGAAGUGAUGAAGCGCCUGAGCGAACGGAUACAGAUGGCGAUUUUGAAGUAAGUUUAUUAAAAUUACCAUCUGAAAAGUUGGGAGCUGGGUUUUUCUAUAUCAAUUUUCCUUCAUAUAUUUCAUAGAUUAACCAACAAUCAGAGCACAAUGAACAGGAUGUUGGUAAAGAGCAAAACAACGAAAAGGUAAUUUGAAUACGCAUGCGCGUGCAUGCAAUUAGUAUUAUGUCUAGAAUGUGUUAUAAGUGGCACGUCUUGUAAAUACAUGAAACUCCUGUCUCCUAAAAACUCUCCUCACUCUCUGAAACAAUAAUUCAUUCUGUUCAAGAUCCCAACUUGACCCCUUAUACUCGCUAAAUAACUAUCAUCAUUACGACCAAUUUUGAUUCUGUUUGUAAACAGGAAGAAUCCAUUCAGAUUGGUGACUGGAUCGCAACAGAUUUUGGCACCAACGUGUUCUACGUUGGAAAAGUCACCAAUGUGGAUUUGGCUUUGAAAAGAGGAGAAGCCAUGUUUCUGAAAAAGAACGUGGGGCACAAGUAUAAAGAGAGUAGUGCUCAAGAUAAGGAGAUCGAAGGUUUUGCCUUUGACCAAAUAAUUUCUUCGGCUGUGGAGAUACACUACAUCAACGGUGGAGUUUAUCUACUCCAGAACUUCCAAGAGAUAGAGGACAUAUGUGUUAUUUUAAAAAAGAGUAA